UUUAUUUAGGCAGGAGAUGUAUUUAUCUUUCAUAUUCAUAUUAAUUGUAUUUGGAAGCGUGGUAGAAAGCCAGAAAUGGAUUAAUUCGCACCCCUGUGAUAGGCCGUGCUACGAAAAUGGACCCCGAAUGGAAUGCUUUUUCUCAUUGGUGGCCACUUUUUCUAGAACAUUCAACCCAACCAAGUGCGGUAAUUGUCCAACCAACGUUUCGGAUUGCAGUAGGCCAGGAUGCGCCGUAGGGGAUGGAAGUGUGCGGCCAUUGUUUCUCGUGAACGAGAUGUUCCCGGGACCGGAAAUAAGGGUUUGCGAAAACGAUAUCGUGACAGUUAACGUGACCAAUAUGCUCCUGAGCGUGGAAUCCCUGACUAUUCAUUGGCACGGGAUUCAUCACUUGAAAACGCCUUUCAUGGACGGGACCCCGUUAGUAUCCCAGUGCGAUAUUCUGCUCGGUUCAACGUUUCAAUACAAAUUUGAGGCCUACCCACCGGGUACAAAGUUUUGGCACGCUCACGCGGCUUUAUUGAGAGAUCAGGGUAUAGCGGGUUCCUUCCUGAUUCGAAAUAAGUUUAGGAAAUCCGGUCCCCGUUACGUGAGCUUCGAAAAUGAUCGCAACAGAUUAGCGUUAGUUCAAGACUGGACGGCGUCAUUAACUCCGCCCUAUUUUGUCAGGAAUACCAUGCCUACAGUCGCCUCUUUAGUUGUCAAUGGACGGCAAGGUGAUUUUGAGGCUUCGUCCCCGCCGAGCUAUUUUGUUUUCAGACCUUUCGGUCAAAAGCCCUAUCUUAGAGUCAUUAGUAACGGCUUUUUAUUUUGUCCAAUAUCGCUUUCGAUAGAAGGACAUAGAAUGACGGUAGUUGAAGGUGACAAUUUCCCGUUCAGACCAGUUACGGUCGAUAAGUUAUACAUUUUCGCGGCGGAAAGAUUCGACGUGUUCCUAGAGCCAACCGAUCCGAAUCCUAUCGUGCAGGCGGGAAAUUCUAAUCAAGAUUUGGUUUUUUCCAUGAGCUGGAUUGGGGACGGAGUUUGCAGAAAUGCUUCCGCGGGCUAUGUCGGAAACGCGACCUCAUAUUUGAUUUACACCAGAAACGACGAUAUCACUUUAGAGGAGGCUACCGCACUCAUGCUAGCAAAGCAAACGCAAGAUAAAAGCUCCAACAAAUUUCUGACAUACGCAAAUUCUGACCUAGCUCCAAGACCGGGAGAAAAGGUAUUUAAUCCUGUUCACAAAGCCGAUUACAAUACGAAUCCCGCUUACGUUCGGUUAACCGAUUUGAGAGCCUUGAAAUUUGAGCUUCAAAAGCCGAUCAAUAAUCCGAGAUAUCGCUUCUACCUAUUCACGGAUAGUUUUAUAGGAAAUGGUCUUCCCAACAUAAACAAUAUAUCUUUCACCCAUCCCUCCUUCCCUUUGCUGACACAAUUCGAGCAAAUUCCAUCUAGCGAGUUUUGCACUAUAGAAAGAAACCCCGAAUGCUCCACCAAAAUAUGCAACUGUAUCAACAUGUACCCCGUAGCGCUGAACAAUGUCGUAGAAAUCGUGAUAGUCGAUGAAGGUAACAAUUUGAGAAAUGACGUCCAUUCUUUUCAUCUUCACGGUUACGCGUUCGCCGUAUUGGGUCAAGAACGCUUAGCAUCGAAAACCACCAUUGAAGAGAUUAAAAGGAGAGACCGACAGGGACUCUUGAAAAGAAAUUUUCAAUCCCCAGUGUACAAAGAUACGGUAGCGGUUCCGGAAGGCGGUUACGUUAUUCUAAGAUUCCUCGCGGAUAAUCCAGGAUUCUGGAUGUUUCAUUGCCAUUUAGGAUUUCAUCUGAUGGGCGGUAUGUCAAUCAUGUUUCAAAUAGGAGAAUACGAAGAGAUGGUGCGAGCACCUCCCAGUUUUCCAAAAUGUGGAACGUGGAUAGCGGAUGAAGUCGAUUUAUAA